UAGUCUGGAGAAAAGAGAUAAAUAACCAUUAUUCACGAGACGUAAUAAGCGAAUGAUAUUAUGUCACUUGGUUGUGUAAUCGGAACGUUUGCUGGCCUUGGGUUGCAGACGAUAUUAGUUGGGUUGCUUGGCGCCCUUUUGGUUAUCUGGUGUUUUGGAUCGAGAAAACAGACGACAUCCAACCUUCCACCGGGACCCACGGGUCUACCGCUUUUGGGAUACCUGCCUUUUCUCAAACUGCCGCCGUUCAAAGGUUUCACACAUUUGACAAAGCAAUAUGGCGGACUGAUCAGCCUCCGACUCGGCACCAAACUCUGCGUGGUCCUCAACGAUGUCGACUCUGUCAGGCAAUCCCUGAUCAAGGAAGCCGAUGUCUUCACCGACCGCAACGUCCCCAUCGAAUACUCGCUUGCUCUUCCAUUAGAAGGAAGUCUCGCGUUUGCCAGUGGAGACAAAUGGAGAGAACUGCGGACGUUCGUCGCCAAGUCGUUCAGAUUGUUUGAAGUUGAAAAGGAGAAGUUGGAGUCUGUGAUCGUGAGAGAGUCGGAGCGACUUUGCAAGGCUUUUCAUGAGGAAGCAGUUGAAAGCUCCUCAGGUGGGGAUGCCUUUGACCCACAUCACAUCAUCAAGAACGCUGUCUCCAACAUCAUCUGCAGUCUCUGUUUUGGUCAAACUUACGAGUACUCGGAUCCAGAGUUCAAGCAUAUCCUCACCGUUGUAGGAAAUUCUUUCCGGAGCUUAUCACCGUCUGGGCUCCUCUUGGUCAGUAGAUAUUUCUACUAUACCCCGCUCUACCGCGAAGUCCGCCACGACCUCGCGGUCCUCCAGGACUUCAUCCGUGGGAUCGUCCAGCGCCACCAGGAAACAUUUGACCCGGACAACACCCGUGAUAUCAUCGAUAUGUACCUGGCAGAGGUCAGACAGCUGAAGGAGGAUGGAAAGGAAACAUAUCUUAAGGAAGAAAAUAUCUGGAGGGGUGUGUUCGAUAUCUUCCUCGCUGCUUCUGAAUCGAUGACGUCAGCAUUGCGUUGGAUCUUACUCUACCUUAUUGCAUACCCGGAGCUACAGAGAAAGAUACGAGCUGACAUUUUGCGAGUCAUUGGGCCGUCUCGUAACCCAACCAUCAAAGACCGCGACGAACUCCCGCUCGUCGAAGCUACGUGCAUGGAAGUCCUUCGACUUCGACCACCGGCUCCUAUGGGCGGUCCUCGACAGGUCAAGAGGGAUGUUAAGGUCAAAGGUUAUGUCAUCCCGGAAGGGACGCUGGUCCUGACUAACCUCUGGCACAUUCAUCAGAACGCUGAAAAUUGGCAGGAUCCUGAGCGGUUUAACCCGAGUCGUUUUUUGAAUGAAGAUGGAAAGGAGUUGGUGAAGAAUCCGGCUUUCUUGCCAUACGGAGCAGGUAGGCGUCUAUGCAUUGGAGACCGAAUCGCUAGGAUGCAGAUGUUUUUAUUCCUAACCACCUUAAUCCGAAGGUUCGAAUUUUCCUUGCCGGAUGGCGAUGUUCCCGAUUUCAACGUCGAUGGUGGCAACUUCACUCUUUCCGCAGUGCCCUUCAAAAUCAUUGCCAGAGAAGUGGAGAGCAAUAUGGCCCCUACCGCCGUGCACACACAAAUAGAAGAUUGACCUCUUUUCCUUUUUAUUUUUUUUUUCGUUACAAAAAAUUAAGAAAAAGGGAGAUGUUAAUAUAAAACCAUUCUUCCUUUCUCGUAUUGUGUUUAUGUACUUGUGUUACAUGUGUAUCCC